AUGGCUCGUGGCGACUUGGCAAGUUUUCUCGGUCCUGGUUUCCGGUUCCACCCCACCGAUGAGGAACUGCUCCAGUACUACCUGAAGCGAAAGGUCACUAACAAGCCCGUCCGAUUUGACUCGAUUUACGUCGUUGACGUCCACCGGACGGAGCUCUGGGAUCUCCCUAGUCUGUUUUGUUUCAACUUCCCCUCGUCUUUGUUUAUUCUUGAUUGGGGUUGCUCUGAGUUGGAGUAG